AUGCUUCCCAAACGUGUGGUCCUCGCCGCUCUCCUCGUCGCCUCUGUCUGUGCCCAAUAUGGUGUCACUGGUAUGUACGAGAACCUUCCACUCGAGAGCACAACUCCAGAAGCUUCUGGUGACGGAUCCGGCUCCGACACGCCUGUUUUCGUGGACACGGACUGUUCGGCGAAGGAAGAUGGUCUCUAUCCGAUCGGUGGAUGCUCGCCACAGUUUUUGACUUGUUCUGGAGGAAUCGCUAGAAUCAUGGACUGCCCAGCAAACCUGAUCUACGACCACCGAAUCGUCGCUUGUGAGUACUCGUACAACGUUCCAGAGUGCGGAGGAGUUCCACAGGACUACACAUCGGCCUACGGUGCGUCUUCUGAAGCCACGACGACUCCAGCUGCUGACGUGACUGCUCCAGUCGACCCAUAUGUUCCAGUUGAGACCACCGCCAACCCAUACGUUCGUGUCGUCACUGAGGCCACCACCGUGCCAGCUGAGGACGUGCCAGUUCCAGUCGAGACUACCGCUAGCCCAUACGAGCCGGUCACCGAGCCAGCUACGACCCCAGCCGAGGAUGUGGAGACCUCUACAGUCCCAUAUUAUGCUCCAGGCGAUGUUGAGACCACCACCACUCCAGCUGAAGACGUCACUGAGCCAACAACCGCUCCAUACUACGCACCAGUCACCACUGAAGCCACCACGACUCCGGCCGAAGAUGUCACGGUUCCAGUUGAGACCACUGCUAGUCCAUAUGCUCCAAUUGAGACCACCGCUGCCCCAUACGUCGCUGAGACCACCACCACUCCAGCUGAAGACGUCACUGAGCCAACAACCGCCCCAUACUACGCACCAGUCACCACUGAAGCCACCACGACUCCAGCCGAAGAUGUCACGGUUCCAGUUGAGACCACUGCUAGUCCAUAUGCUCCAGUAGACAUCACAACUACCCCAGCUGCCGAUGUGGAGACUACCACUGCUCCAUACUACGCUCCAGUCGACGUUGAGACCACUACCGCUCCAGCUGACGACGUUCCAGUCCCAAUUGAGACCACCGCUUCUCCAUAUGCUCCUGCUGAUGACGUUCCAACUGACCGCACCUGUGGAGACAAAGAAGACGGAUUCUACUCAUUCGGACAGUGCAGCGACCACUACAUCGCCUGCUCCAACGGACGUACCAUCCCAAUGCAGUGUCCGGCUAAACUCGCGUUCGACGAGGCUCGUGUCAUCUGUGACUACACUGAGAACGUGCCAGAGUGCCAAAAUGCGUCUGGAAAUGAUGAGGGAAGUGGAUCCGGUGACGAGUCGUCUGGAUAUGGAUAUGUUGCUCCAGUGACUGAGACCGCUGCUUACAAUGCUCCGACUACCCAGGCUUAUGAGACCACCACUAUCCCAGCUGAGGCUACCACUGAGGCUGUCUACACAACCACCGCCGCUGAUGUUCCAUCGACGACCACAACUGGAGCCUAUGAGACUACAACUGAGGCCUACACUACAACCACUCAAGCUGAGACCACAACUGGAGCCUAUGAGACCACCACGAUCCCAGAGGAGACUACGACUACGGCAGCUGAUGUCCCAAGCACCACCACUGAGGCCUAUACAACCACCACUGCUCCAGCAUAUGAGACUACCACUCAAGUUGAGAUCACAACGACGGCUGCUGAUGUUCCAUCGACUACUCAAGCCUAUGAGACCACCACAGUCCCAGAGGAGACUACAACUGAUGCCUACACAACAACGACUCAGGCUGAAACCACCACCACAGCUGCUGAUGUCCCAUCGACGACGACUCAAGCCUAUGAGACGACCACCGUCGCAGAGGAGACUACCACAACGGCCGCUGAUGUCCCAUCGACCACCACCGAGGCUUACACAACCACCAGUGUUCCAGCUGAGACUACCACUGAGGCUGUCUACACAACUACCACUGCCGCCGAUGUUCCAUCGACCACAGUUCCAGUUGAGACUACCACCGAGCAAGUCUACCAGACCACAACCGCCUCCAUCCCGACCUGCAUCGAAGGACCACACGUCAUCGAGCCAUGCUCCCAACACUACCGUAACUGUGUCAACGGACACGAGUCGGUCUUCAUCUGCGAGUCGGGACUCUUCUUCUCACCGGAACACGGUCGUUGCACCACCGCCGAUCAAAUCGCCGAGUGUCAUCAGCCAGUUGUCUACUAA